CCUCUACACUAGAGGCCCGUACACUACCAUCAUAGGCCGCAGUGGGUGAAGCAGAGGGGGGAGCGAGUGCAGGCAGGCCGCCGCCCCCAUAGGUACUAGCACCGAUCAGAACCCAAAACAGGCGGAGGCGUGGCCGUGCAAGCCUCGCUCGCCCCGGCGGGUUCCUCUCACUUCCACUCACUCCCCUCCAGUGUCAGGUCGCACUCACUCUCCCCUUCCCUGCCCGCCUUAAUGCACCCCCUUCCCUCAUUUCCAACUCUGCAUUCCCAAAACCACUCUGCCUGUCCAUUUCCUGCUUCUUUUUCCCCAACGACCAAGCGAAAUCCACUUCUUCACCACCAAAGCCUCUGCUGAUUGUCGCCUUUGCGAAUCUACAACCAACCGCCUUACCGUCUACUCUAAUAUCUAACCAGAACUUCACAACACCGCCAAAAUGGGCCACGAGGAUGCUGUUUACCUUGCCAAGCUCGCCGAGCAGGCCGAGCGCUACGAGGAGAUGGUCGAGAACAUGAAGAUCGUCGCUUCUGAGGACCGUGAUCUCACCGUUGAGGAGCGCAACCUCCUUUCCGUCGCCUACAAGAACGUCAUCGGUGCCCGCCGUGCCUCGUGGAGAAUCGUCACCUCUAUCGAGCAGAAGGAGGAGUCCAAGGGCAACUCUACCCAGGUCAGCCUCAUCAAGGAGUACCGCCAGAAGAUUGAGAGCGAGCUUGCCAAGAUCUGCGAGGACAUCCUCUCCGUUCUUGACCAGCACCUCAUUCCUUCCGCCACCACUGGCGAGUCCAAGGUCUUCUACCACAAGAUGAAGGGUGACUACCACCGUUACCUCGCCGAGUUCGCCGUUGGUGACAAGCGCAAGGACUCCGCCGACAAGUCGCUCGACGCCUACAAGAACGCUACCGACGUUGCCCAGACCGAGCUUCCUCCCACUCACCCCAUCCGCCUCGGCCUUGCCCUCAACUUCUCCGUCUUCUACUACGAGAUUCUCAACGCUCCUGACCAGGCUUGCCACCUCGCCAAGCAGGCCUUCGAUGACGCUAUUGCCGAGCUCGACACAUUGAGUGAGGAGAGCUACAAGGACUCCACUCUCAUCAUGCAGCUCCUCCGCGACAACCUUACUCUCUGGACCUCUUCCGAGGCCGAGGCGCCCGCCGCUCAGGGUGAGGCUGCCCCCGAAGAGCCCAAGGCUGACGCCCCUGCGGCGGAGGAGCCCAAGGCCGAGUAAAGAGGUGGCGGAUACGUUUCCUUUUUAGUCUCAUGAUGUGAUAAUUCCCUGGCAGAAAUCUUGGCAAGUCCACGGUGGAAAUGGUGUCUUUGGAGUGUCGGAAUGGAGAUCCCCCAAAUACUUUUGCAUGUUUUACGCAGAUACACAACACAGCAAUUCAAGAAUAAGUGGACGAUUCCCCCAAUAUGAAAGAGGAUUAGAAGGUGGCAGAGCAGAGCACCUUGGAGGUUUUCCUUUUUUUGUCUCGGUAUCGUCUUGUCUUUUAGACUAGUACGCUGGGCAGUCGUGACCACAACACAAACCCAAAAUCUACCCCCUUUUUUCGAGCAAGAUCUCGAGCAGACACUUUUAGCUUCCCACAGCAUCGCUGGGCGUGCCAGUCAAGAACCAGGCCCGAUGAGUAACAGGCAUAGGUAGGAAUAUUCUACAUGUAGGGGAGAAGAUUAGUUCAGGCAUUUCAUUGCCGACUCAAAACAACAUUGCGACACAAUGUUUUC